UACAACAUCCCUUUGUGCUGAACGUCACCACUUCUUGUAGCAAACGUUGUGCGCAUAACAUGUUUUGAGGAGGCGUUCUUUGUGCCAUUGUUCAAUCAAGUAAAAACGAGAAAACGGAUAAAUGGACCGUGGGUCAAAGCGCAGGCAGGUGAAGCCUCUGGCUGCCUCUCUGCUGGACGCUUUAGAUUAUGACAGCUCAGAUGACAGCGAUUUCAAAGUGGGAGACGCAGAUGCCUCAGGGUCAGAGGGUAGUGCCAUUGGGAGUGAUGAGGAGGAGGAGGGGUCCAAGGAGGAAAGCGCUGCUGAGGACUCUGACAAUGACAGCGGCUCGGACAACAUCGGCUCUGCAACGGACGGCAUCGAUGAAGAACAGACCAAGGAGCUGACAGCUGACGACACCCCCACUGAGGAAGAGGAGAAGACCAAGGAACAGCAGCUGUCCUAUGACACUGGCACCACCACCACUAAAGACCCUGCUCCAUCAGGGGUGCCCAGGGGCCGACGGAGGAGAGAGGAGAAGGCCUCGGACACAGAGGCUGGGAGUGGAGGAAGUGGGAGUGGCACAGGUAGUGGUAAUGCGCAGGACGGAGGCUCAACAACGGCCGCCACACAGGAGCCCAAGAAGUGGAACCUGCGUCGGAACCGACCCAUGCUGGACUUCACCACCAUGGACGAGCUCAACGAGAUGGACGACUACGACAGCGAAGACGACAAUGACUGGAGGCCCGCCUCAGGCAAGAGAAAGGGCAAGACGGCGGCUGCCCAGAAAGGAGGGAGCGAGGGAGAGGAGGACGAGGAGGAUCACGACGGAGGGAGUGGUAGUGAUGAUGACGACGACAACGAGGAUGACGAUGGUGGUGAUGAAGAUGAGAAUGAAGAAGGGAGCAGUAGCGACAGUGAUAAAGAGGUGAAGAAACCCAAUAGGAAAGUGAAGAGCAGCAGUGUGUUUGAUGAGGAGCUGACCAACGACAGCAUGUCACAGGGAAAGAGCAAUGAGGAUGCCUUGCUGGAGCGUGCCCAGACGUGGAGGGCGGCGGCCCAGAGGAUGGAACACAUCCUGAUCUGCUGUGUGUGUCUGGGAGACAACAGCGAGGACGCUGACGAGAUCAUCCAGUGUGAUAACUGUGGUGUGACCGUACAUGAAGGUUGCUAUGGAGUGGACGGGGAGAGUGACUCCAUCAUGAGUUCCGCCUCUGAGAACUCCACGGAACCGUGGUUCUGCGAUGCUUGCAAGAAUGGAGUCACACCCAGCUGUGAGCUCUGCCCCAAUCAGGACGGGAUCUUCAAAGAGACUGACGCUGGGAGAUGGGUCCAUGUGGUUUGUGCGCUCUACGUCCCUGGAGUAGCGUUUGGGGACAUUGAUAAACUACGACCAGUGACUCUCACAGAGAUGAACUACUCCAAGUAUGGGGCCAAGGAGUGCAGUUUCUGCGAGGACGCCCGGUUCGCCCGGACAGGCGUGUGUAUCAGCUGUGAUGCUGGAAUGUGCCGAUCCUACUUCCAUGUGACCUGUGCUCAGAGGGAGGGGCUUCUCUCAGAGGCCGCUGCGGAGGAGGACAUAGCCGAUCCCUUCUUUGCGUAUUGUAAGCAGCAUGCGGACCGCUAUGACAGGAAGUGGAAGAGGAAGAACUACCUGGCGCUCCAGUCCUACUGCAAGGCAUCUCUACAGGACAAAGAGAAGCAGCUGGCCCCUGAGGCACAGAACCCCUGGCAGGCCCGUAUCACCACCCGGCUGCAGCAGUACCGGGCCAGGGCAGAGCUGUCCCGUAACACUCGGCCCCAGGCCUGGGUCCCCCGGGAGAAGCUUCCACGACCCCUGACCUCCAGCGCCUCCGCCAUCAGGAAACUCAUGAGGAAGGCCGAGCUCAUGGGCAUCAGCACGGACAUCUUCCCUGUAGACACAUCAGACAUCAGCGCAAGUGUGGACGGGCGCAGGAAACACAAGCAGCCUGCCCUCACUGCAGACUUCGUCAACUAUUACCUGGAGAGGAACAUGAGGAUGAUUCAGAUCCAGGACAAUAUCUCUGAACAGAAGAACCUGAAAGACAAGCUGGAGAGUGAGCAGGAGAAACUGCACGUCGACUACAACAAGCUGUGUGAGUCUCUGGAGGAUCUGCAGAAUGUUAACGGAGUUCUGAGGAGUGAGGGCCAUGCCAUAUGGACCAUGUUGGGAGGAAUCCUAGGACAGAAACUGAACUCCCCGCCGGUCCUGAAAGCCCCUAAAGAGAGGAAGCCCAGCAAGAAGGAGGGAGGAGUUCCUGGGAAGUCCUCCAACCUACCAGCUGUCCUCUACAGCUGUGGGAUCUGUAAGAAGAACCAAGACCAGCAUCUCCUGCUGAUGUGUGACACUUGCAAGCUCUACUACCACCUGGGCUGUCUGGAGCCUCCGCUGACACGCAUGCCCAAGAAGACCAAGAACAGCUACUGGCAAUGUUCAGAGUGUGACCAGGCCAGUAGCGAUGAUGCUGACAUCGCCAUGGAGACGCUGCCCGACGGUACCAAGAGGUCUCGGAGACAGAUUAAAGGACCAAUCAAAUUCAUCCCUCAGGAGAUGUCCCCGGAGCCCAAGAAACGAGAUGUGAGGGGCACGAGAACCAGAGGGCAGAAGAGGAAGAGGGUGUCCAUCUGUGAAGAAGAACAGUUUGAAGUGCAGGAACCUGCUCUACGUGAACGGCGUCAGCGUCAGUCUGUAAUGCAGAAGAAGACCCCUAAAGCCGACGACACCAGGACUGACUGUACCUCCUGCAAAGGACCCGGGGACAACGAGAACCUUGUCAGGUUGUGAGAGCCGGGGCAGACACCUCUCCUCACCUCCCCACACCUAGACACUGCUGGACAGAUGAGAGAGAGAGAGAAGCAGACCUUUGGCUUAGAGACAGAGAGGGACUUAAUUACGUGGAAGAAUGACGGCGGCGGGUGUGGGAUCAGAUGGCCAUCUUUGACGUUCACAACCAUGGUCGUCUUCAUGACCCAAAUUGGACCACCUACUGGCCGUCCAAUUAAAAUUGAGGGAGAGAGGCGGGAAUUGAAAUUAACUUUGAGGAAUUCUAAAAUACUUGCGCAAAUAAAAUGUUGGGAGGUUCAGUAUUACUGAACUGGUCAUUCUUGUAAGAAAGGACAUGUUGGUCUUACUGGACAGGCCCUUUGUGAUCGUCAUUGUCAUCUCUAAGGGCCCUUCUAUAAGGACUAUGGCCUAACUGGACUAAGGAGUGAUUCCCCCCUCUCUCUCUCUCUCUCAUCCAUUCUAUGAUGGCACUUCUCUAGUUUGACCUCCCUGAGCAUCUUAUCACCACAUCCAAUCAGUUGUAUUGACUCCAGUCAUUUGUGGUCCAAUCACAUGGUGUUUUCCUCAGUCAAGGCCUUUAAUUGGAGAUGCACUUGAACUUAGGCUUUCAUAAUCUUCUUCUAGUGUUGUCAUCGGGUAGAACUUUCUAGAGUAGAGGACUAGUAGACCUUGAAAAAGUAGUGGUUUUUAGUAGAAUGAUUGCCCUUUCUGGCUUUUGAGAAGUAAGUUGCCGCUUAGGCUCUACAGCAGCCAAAGGUUUAACAUAAUAAUUAUAGCAACAUUUGUAUGAAUGGUUAUUGUAACUUCUAAUGUCAGUGUGUGAGUGUACAGUAGAUGUCUAGGCAUCUUAGUCUCCCUUCCUCUCAUUAGUAUUUUAAAGUGACAGUUUAACUGACACUUCUUUAAAAGCAGCCCAGCUCUGUGUAUGUGUGUGCGCAUCUCCCCAGUGCCCCAUAGUGAGUGCUGGCUGACAACUGAGCAGCUGCCAUGUGGUCUGUCUGUCUGUCAGGGUCCUUGACAGAAGUGUCACAGUUUGCCCUCACAUGUCACUCCUCCACUCACCCCCAUCCCAGGACCCUCUAUGUCACUCCUUUUCUCUUCCCCUCAUCUGUCUGGGGACCCUAUAUGCAUGCCACUGGGAGCUGCCAAACCUCACAUAAUGCUUAGGUCCACUGGAAAAUCUGCUGAGGAAAUACAUUUGGUGGUUUUCCUAUAGAGAUUAGAAAGUCCUCCUCAUCUUUGUUCUCCCUCUACCUCCUCAUCCUCUUCUGCCUCCUCCACAACAAAUUUAGAGGACUGUCCAUGAGAUCCAGCUAACCUUACUCAAACUAAUCCUUCUCAAGCUAACCUUACUACAGCUAACCAGCUAACCUUACUACAGCUAACCUUACUACAGCUAACCAGCUAACCCUACCACAGCUAACCAGCUAACCCUACCACAGCUAACCAGCUAACCUUACGACAGCUAAACCUACCACAGCUAACCAGCUAAACUUACUACAUCUGACCCUACUCCAGCUAACCCUACUUCAGCUAAACAGCUAACCUUACUUCAGCUAACCCUACUUCAGCUAACCCUGCUACAGCUAACCCUGCUACAGCUAACCCUGCUACAGCUAACCCUGCUACAACUAACCAGCCAACCUUACUACAGCUAACCCUACUACAGCUAACCCACUACAGCUAACCAGCUAACCCACUACAGAUAACCAGCUAACCCUACUCCAGCUAACCAGCUAGCCAGUUAACCCUACUCCAGCUAACCAGCUAGCCAGUUAACCCUACUACAGCUAAACAUACAACAGCUAAUCAACUAACCCUAGUACCACUAACCCUAUUCCAGCUAGUACUACUACAGCUAACCCUACUCCAACUAACCAGCUAGACAGCUAACCCUACUCCAGCUAACCAGUUAACCCUACUACAGCUAAUCAGCUAACCCUACUCCAGUUAACCCUACUACAACUAAACUUACUACAGCUAACCAGUUAACCCUACUACAGCUAACCAGUUAACCCUACUACAGCUAAACUUACUCCAGCUAACCUGUUAACCCUACUACAGCUAAUCAGCUAACCCUACUCCAGUUAACCCUACGACAGCUAAACUUACUCCAGCUAACCAGUUAACCCUACUACAGCUAACCCUACUGCAGCUAAUCAGCUAACCCUACUACUAAUCCUACUCCAGCCCUACCAUGCAUGGCUCUGUAUCUAACCAUUAGGCCUAGGGUUAGGUUAUGGCCAACUCUGUAUCUAACCAUUAGGCCUAGGGCUAGACUAUGGCCAACUCUGUAUCUAACCAUUAGGCCUAAGGCUAGGCUAUGGCCAACUCUGUAUCUAACCAUUAAGCCUAGGGCUAGACUAUGGCCAACUCUGUAUCUAACCAUUAGGCCUAGGGCUAGGCUAUGGCCAACUCUGUAUCUAACCAUUAGGCCUAGGGCUAGGCUAUGGCCAACUCUGUAUCUAACCAUUAGGCCUAGGGCUAGACUACGGUCAACUCUGUAUCUAACCAUUAGGCCUAGGGCUAGACUACGGUCAACUCUAUCUAACCAUUAGGCCUAGGCUAUGGUCAACUCUGGAUCUAACCAUUAGGCCUAGGCUAUGGUCAACUCUGGAUCUAACCAUUAGGCCUAGGGCUAGACUAUGGUCAACUCUGUAUCUAACCAUUAGGCCUAGGGCUAGACUAUGGUCAACUCUGUAUCUAAUCAUUAGGCCUAGGGCUAGACCAUGGCCAACUUUGUAUCUAACCAUUAGGCCUAGGGCUAGACUACGGUCAACUCUGUAUCUAACCAUUAGGCCUAGGCUAUGGUCAACUCUGUAUCUAACCAUUAGUCCUAGGGCUAGACUAUGGUCAACUCUGUAUCUAACCAUUAGGCUUAGGGCUAGACUAUGGUCAACUCUGUAUCUAACCAUUAGGGCUAGACUAGACUAUGGUCAACUCUGUAUCUAACCAUUAGGCCUAGGGCUAGACUACGGUCAACUCUGUAUCUAACCAUUAGGCCUAGGCUAUGGUCCACUCUGUAUCUAACCAUUAGGCCUAGGGCUAGACUAUGGUCAACUCUGUAUCUAACCAUUAGGCCUAGGCCUAGGCUAUGGUCAACUCUGUAUCUAACCAUUAGGGCUAGACUAUGGUCAACUCUGUAUCUAACCAUUAGGCCUAGGGCUAGACUAUGGUCAACUCUGUAUCUAACCAUUAGGCCUAGGGCUAGACUACGGUCAACUCUGUAUCUAACCAUUAGGCCUAGGGUUAGGCUAUGGUCAACUCUGUAUCUAACCAUUAGGCCUAGGGUUAGGUUAUGGCCAACUCUGUAUCUAACCAUUAGGCCUAGGGUUAGGUUAUGGCCAACUCUGUAUCUAACCAUUAGGCCUAGGGUUAGGUUAUGGCCAACUCUGUAUCUAACCAUUAGGGCGAUAGUAGCCUACAGUAAAUGUACUUUUAACCUGAGAAUAUGUUAUGUGUUCCAACAGUUUAGAAUGUGUGAACAAACACCUUAUUAGCUGUGUUGUGUGAUCGGUGUGUACAGUAUUUAUUGACAAGCCAAGCUUUUUUGUGUAUUUUAUUUGUGCCUUCACACUUGAUUUUAUAUCAUAAUAUGCCUUUUGUUAUUACUGUGUUAUGAAGAAAAUGAGUUAAGCUCACUAUUGAGUAGGAACCUUAAAGGACUCCUUGCUAAACAUAUUCAUUGUUAAUAUAUUUGUUUACACACAUGCCUAUAUGUGAUUUAGUAUUUGUUUACAUACAUUUCUAUAUGUGAUUAUUUAUUUACAUGUUGUGGUAUUACCACAUUGGGUAAAAGUAACUGUGAUUUAUAGAGUAUGUAUAUUGCUACUCAUAUGUGUGUAUGUGAAGUUGCCUGGCCUCCCGGCCCCUAUAGCUCUCAGCAUUAAAGCUUGAAUAAACUCUUGACUUUUUCACCUUA